CCUUGAGACAAAGAGGGGAAGGAGGAGAGAGAGGAAGAGGAGGAGGCGUGCAAAGUUCGCUUCAACUCCUGCUCACAGUGGCGCGCCGGCUCCCUAAACCUCACACGGGACAAACAUGACGCCGCUCGGGACGGUGCUCCUCGCCGCGUUGCUAUGGCAAUGCGGCCACGCGCAGCAAAGAGGGUUAUUCCCGGCUGUUUUAAACUUGGCGUCCAUGGCGGAUAUUACAACCAAUGCUACGUGUGGGCUAUCUGAACCAGAGAUGUUCUGUAAACUAGUAGAACAUGUACCAGGUCAGCCUGUAAGAAACCCACAAUGUCGAUUCUGCUAUCAGAACAGUGCGAAACCAUUUGAGCGUCACCCCAUAGAAUAUGCCAUUGAUGGGACGAACCGUUGGUGGCAAAGUCCCUCCAUCAAGAAUGGAAUGGAGUACCACUAUGUGACGAUAACACUGGACUUGAAACAGGUUUUCCAGGUAGCCUACGUGAUCAUUAAGGCUGCCAACUCGCCUCGUCCGGGUAACUGGAUCUUGGAGCGUUCAAUAGAUGGUGUGACCUUUGAACCGUGGCAGUUCUUCGCCCUCACAGAGACGGAGUGCCUGACAAGGUUCAACAUGAAUCCAAGGACAGGACCGCCAUCGUAUACUAGAGAUGAUGAAGUUAUCUGCACAGCUUUCUAUUCCAAGAUUCACCCUUUGGAAAAUGGAGAGAUCCACACUUCUUUAAUCAAUGGUCGUCCCAGUGCGGAUGACCCUUCCCCGACCCUGCUGAACUUCACCUCAGCACGCUACAUCAGACUGGUCUUUCAGAGGAUCAGAACGCUCAAUGCAGACCUCAUGACGCUGACACUGCAUGACCCCAAAGAUAUCGAUCCCAUUGUGACAAGACGGUACUACUACUCCAUUAAGGAUAUUUCGGUCGGAGGGAUGUGCAUCUGUUAUGGUCAUGCAAAGGCCUGUCCACUCAACAGUGUUACCAAGAAGUUUAGCUGUGAAUGUGAACACAACACAUGCGGAGAGAGUUGCGAUCGUUGUUGCCCUGGUUACCACCAACAAGCAUGGAUGGCUGGAACUUUCGUCACGCGACACGUUUGUGAGCAGUGUAACUGCCAUGGGAAGGCUGAGGAAUGCUACUUUAAUCAGACUGUAGCAGACCUAUCGCUCAGCCUGGACGUCCACGGCCAAUACCGAGGGGGUGGAGUGUGUAUUUCAUGCCGUGACAACACAGAUGGUAUCAACUGUCAGAGCUGUGUUCCCGGCUACUACAGACCUACUGGAGUGAACGCUGAGGAGGAAAACCCCUGCAUCCCUUGCUCAUGUGACUCACAUGGUUCUCAUGGCCAGUCUUGUGUUGAGGACUCAAGCCGGGCGACACCUUCCCAGCCACCAGGGUCAUGCCGUUGUAAGGAAGGUUUUGGCGGUCUGCGAUGUGACAGGUGUGCAAUUGGUUAUAUGGGCUACCCAGACUGUCAGCCAUGUAACUGCAGCAUCGAGGGAAGCAGCAACAGUGACCCGUGUACUUCACCCUGCAUGUGCAAGGAGAAUGUGGAGGGAGAGAAUUGUGGCCGCUGCAAACUCGGCUUCUACAAUCUCCAGCGUGACAAUCUGCGUGGCUGCGAGAAAUGCUCUUGUAUGGGCGUAGCGAGCCAGUGCUCUGCCUCCACGUGGGUUUAUCAGAAUGAGAGCACACUGGCUGGCUGGUACCUGAGUGGAGAUUCAGGACGGACAGUGUGGCCUAUUCACAGAGAGACACCUCAAUAUCUAAGUGUCCACCAUGCAGAUGUUGUGGACAACCUUGGCUCCGCUUACUACUGGAAUGCACCUGAAUCAUACCUGGGAAACAAGCUACCAGCCUAUGGAGGGACAGUGGUCUACACUGUGUCUUACACUAUAGAUCAGCAGGAAAGGAUUAUUCGAGUCACUUCAGAACCCGACUUUAUUAUUGAGGGCGGUGGGAUCAAGAUUAUGGACAAACGGUACGGACUACCCGUAUACCCAUCCUCGCAAAGCACCAAUCACAUCGCUCUCCUUCCUGAGAACUUCCUGGUUUUAGAGACUGCUGAGCCAAUCGGCCGCAGGGACUUCUUGACAGUGUUGGCAAACAUGACCAGACUAAUGGUCAGAGCCUCUUACAGUACGGAACCCAGUGCUGUGUACAGACUUCACUUAUUCUUGAUGCAGGUAGGUAAUCGCUAUGCCAAAGGAGAGAGGACAGCAUCAGCUGUUGAAAUGUGUUCUUGUCCACCCGGAUAUGCCGGAACAUCCUGUGAGGCUUGUGUUGCUGGAUUCCGAAGAGUGGAUGGGCAGCUCUACAACGGUGUGUGUGAAGUGUGUCAUUGUCAUGGCCAUGCAACACAAUGCCACCAGAUCACAGGCCACUGCCUGGACUGUUCCCACCGCACCACAGGCCCCCACUGUGACACCUGCCAACGUGGUUAUUAUGGCGAUGCCACCCACGGGUCAGCCACAGAUUGUCAGCCCUGUGCCUGCCCUCUCAAUCUGGCUAGUAACAAUUUCAGCCCAACCUGCCACCUUGGUGAGGGAGGAGAGCUGCUGUGUGACCAGUGUCAGCCUGGAUACACCGGACCAAGAUGUGACAGGUGUUCCAAUGGGUAUUACGGACAACCCACUGUCCCAGGAGGCUCCUGCCAGCCCUGUAAUUGCCACGGUAACCUGGACCUGUCUACACCAGGCAGCUGUGAUCCAAUCACAGGACAGUGUCUGCAUUGUCGACAUGGUUACAGCGGCGUGGCUUGCGACAGUUGUGACGACGGUUUCUUUGGAGACGCCAUCACUGCAAAGAACUGUCAGCCUUGUCGGUGCCAUAUUAACGGCUCCGUUUCAGAAAUCUGCAAUAAGGAGAGCGGGCGGUGCCAGUGCAGGGAAAAUGUGGUUGGACGGCAGUGUGACGACUGCACGCCUAAUUACUGGUGGGACGCUGAGAGUCACGAGUGCGUGGCCUGUCGCUGCACCCACCUUGGCUCCGUCUCUCAACGCUGCGACGUUGAGGGCAGCUGUAUCUGUCGCCCAGGAUUCGCGGGCAAGCACUGUGACCUGCGUCGCCAAGGUUAUGAGAGACGGGAGACGCGCCGCCCGGUGGAGCGCGUACCCGUGGAGGCCGUACAGCGGCGAUGGGGCGGGCCGUCUCGCACGGGGGGUUGUCCUAGGGGGGCAUUCUGGCCCAGUGAAGCGGCUCAGACAUUCGGCCUCGCUACAGGUGGACAGUGUGUGCCGUGUCACUGUAACUCCUUUGGCUCCAAGUCGUUUGACUGCGAUGAAAACGGUCAGUGUCGGUGCCAGCCGGGUGUCACUGGACCUAAAUGUGACCGCUGCUCACGAGGAUUCUUCAACUUCCAGGAGGGAGGCUGCACACCGUGUCUCUGCAGCCAUGUGGGCAACAACUGUGAUGCCAACACAGGACAGUGUAUCUGUCCUCCAAACACACUUGGUGAAAGGUGCGACCGCUGCGCCCCCAACCACUGGGGCCACGAUAUCAUGACUGGAUGCAAGGAGUGUGGCUGUAGUUUGGUGGGCUCAGUGCAACAGCAAUGCAACGUCAACACGGGCUGCUGCCUCUGCCACGACUCCUUUAGAGGAGAGAAAUGCAAUGAAUGUCAGCUGGGAUACAGAGACUUUCCUCAGUGCACCACAUGCGAGUGUACCAUCUCAGGAUCGGACAGCGAGACUUGCGACAUAGAGCGAGGAGUUUGUGCCUGCGCGGAUCGAACUGGGAAGUGCAGCUGCAAGGAAAAUGUGAUGGGAGACAACUGUGACCGUUGCAAGCCCAACACAUUCGGAUUAUCCCUGCAAAAUCCGCUUGGUUGCAGCAAAUGUUACUGUUACGGCCUGACACACUCCUGCACUGAGUCACAGGGACUCAUCAGGAUGUGGUUAACACUGAGGCCAGAGCAGACAGUGCUUCCCCUGGUGGAUAAAAACAGCAUUGUUGAGACGAGAACAGGAGUGAGCUUCAAACACCCAGAGAUCCUCGCACACGCUGAGCUGGUCACCACAGUUCUUUCUGAGCCCUAUUACUGGAAACUACCACAACAGUUCCGAGGCUCCAUGAUCACAGCAUACGGUGGGAAGUUGAAGUAUGCAGUAUACUAUGAGGCUAGAGAUGAAACUGGGCCCUCCUCAUACGAGCCCCAGGUUAUCAUUAAGGGCGGCGCUAGCCACAACAUUGUGAUGACACGCCACGUAGCGGGGCUCCAGAUUGGUCAGCUCACACGGCACGAGAUAGACAUGACAGAGCAUGAGUGGAGGCAUGCAGAUGGACGGCCAAUGACACGGCAGGACUUCAUGGAUGUUUUGUUCUAUGUGGACUACAUCCUCAUCAAGGCCUCACAUGGCAACCAGAUGCGAAACAGCCAUAUUUCAGAGAUAAAUCUCACUGUGGCAGAAGAAGGUACACCCACGAGGGAGAGUGAGAAAGCCUACCAAAUAGAAAAAUGUGAAUGUCCAAUUGGAUACUCCGGACUAUCCUGUGAGGAGUGUGCAGCCGGUUUCUACCGCCUUCGCAGCAGCUCACACGCAUCUGCUCCGGCCUCCAGAGUCCCCACUGCUGUGGGCAUGGGCGGCUGUGUUCAGUGCCAGUGCAGCGGCCACUCGACCACCUGUGACCCUGACACAUCCAUAUGCCAGAACUGUCAAGACAACACAGAGGGGGAUCACUGUGAGCGCUGUGCUCCGGGAUUCUACGGUGUGGUCCGAGGAUUCCAUGAUGACUGCAAACCUUGCGCCUGCCCCCUUACGACACCUGGGAACAAUUUUAGUCCAAUGUGCGUCACCGAAGGGUAUGAUGACUACCGUUGUACGUCUUGUCCUGAGGGAUACGAGGGAAAAUACUGUGAAAGAUGUUCCACUGGUUACCAUGGUAACCCUCAGAUGCCCGGCGGUCGAUGCGAGGAGUGUAAGUGUUCCCCGUGGGGGGCGUUGCCCGGACCGUGUGACCCUGUCACUGGCCAAUGCCGAUGCACGGUCGGGGCAUCUGGGAGGUCUUGUGACCAGUGCAUGGAAAGGCAUGUGUGUGGACCAUCUGGGAUCAUCUCGUGUGACGACGAGUGCUCAGGUUUGCUGAUCAGUGACAUGGACCGUCUGUAUCGCAUCAUCACUGACAUCACGGUGACCACGCCCUUGCCGCCACCUUACAAGAUCCUGUACCGCUUUGAGAACAUGACCGAAGAACUCAAGCACAUGCUGUCACCUCAGAAAGCUCCGGAGAGAUUACUGCAGCUGGCCGACUCCAACUUGGGAUCGCUGGUUGUUGAGAUGGACCAGCUCCACAGCAGGGCUACGAAAGUGUCUGCCGAUGGAGAACAAGUGGAAGACGAUGCCAACAGAAUUCAGACGCGAGCCGAGGUCCUGGAGAAGUUCAUCAGGGACACGCUGCUAGGAGCUCAAGACCUUCAGUCCAAAGCUGACGAGUUGAACCGCAUGCUGGCACGCAAAGACGGAACGCCGGAAAAAGGUUUGAAGGAGAUAAAGGAGGAGAUUCAAACCAUGCUGGCCGAGAUGAGAAAACGACAGCUGGGAGAGAAGCGGAUCAUUGCCGAGGAGGAGAUGGACCUGGCAGAGCAGUUGUUCCAGAAAAUGAAGAGGAUGUUCGGUGAUCCUCAUCAAGCCACAGAAGACCUAAAAGCAGAGAUAAAAGGCAAGCUGUCAGACCAUGAGGGCAAACUUCAGGAGGCCCAAGAUCUUCUUUACUCUGCUCGUGAGAAAACAAGGCUGGCUGGCUUGCUGGCUGGACAAAACCAAGUCAACCUCACAUUCUUGGAGAGGAAGCAUGCUGCAGUCCUUGGGGUUAAAGAAGAAGCACAAAAGGUCCUGGGGGAAGGAGAAACCCUUUUGGAUGAUGCCAACCAGCUCUCAGACAACAUCAAUAAAGAGUUAGAGGAUGCGGAGGAGAUGAGGAAAGACCUCGGUCCUCUUAACGAGCAGCUGGAUGACAAAGUCCGGGACCUCACCGACGGUUUGAGUGGUGGCGGCCUGGCUCAUCGCGUGCGUGCUGCUGAGGAUCACGCCCAACAGCUUAAUGAAUCCGCUGCAAUUUUGGAUGGAAUCUUGGCCGAAGCGAAGAAUCUCUCCUUCAACGCAACAGCUGCCUUCAAAGCAUACACAAACAUUAAAGCGAAUGUUGACGAAGCAGAGAAAGAGGCGAAGAUGGCCAAGCAGAGGGGGUCAGAAGCACUGACAAUGGCUUUAGGCCCAGAGAUCCCAGUGAAGGAGGAAGCUCAAGGUGCCCUUCAGAAGAGUCUCAAGCUGCUCAACCAGGCUAAGCAACUCCAUAAUGAUGUCAAAGACAAUGCUGCUACUGUCUCUGGACUAAAGGGCAGAGUUAAAUCUGCAAGAGACCGAACCAAAGACCUGCUCAAAGCUAUCAAUGGAACCAUGACAACACUCGGCACUAUUCCCAAUGACACAGCAGCCAAGCUGGCGGCGACAAAGACUGUGGCCGCUGAGGCAAACGCUACGGCCAUCGACGUCCUGGAGCGCCUCGCGGCCUUGAACCUUCAGGUCAACGACAUACAGAAGAACUUCAGCAAGUUGGCCGACACGGUCAACACUGCCAACAAAAUGAUCCAGGACCCGGAGAAAAACAUCCACGCAGCUGGAGCUAAAGUGAAGGAUUUAGAAGAUGAAGCUGAUCGGCUGUUGGAGAAGCUGAAGCCUAUCAAAAAGCUGGAGGACAACUUGAGGCGAAACAUCUCACAGAUCAAGGAACUGAUCAACCAAGCCAGGAAACAAGCUAACUCAAUCAAAGUGUCGGUGUCGUCAGGUGGUGACUGUUUGCGGAGUUACCGCCCUGACAUCAGGAAGGGCAGGUACAACACCAUCAUUCUUCAUGUCAAAACCACAACGCCCGAUAAUCUUCUCUUGUACCUCGGUUCUGCCAAAUAUGUUGAUUUCUUGGCUCUGGAGAUGCGUAAGGGAAAGGUGUAUUUCCUUUGGGACGUGGGUUCAGGUGUGGGACGGGUGGAAUAUCCCCAUCUCACCAUCAAUGACGGGAACUGGCACAGAAUAGAAGCUUCUCGUAACGGAUUGAAUGGCACCAUAUUAGUGUACCCUCUAGAAGGUCCAAGGGCUGGUGUGGUGCCAACCCCAAGCAGCGCAAACUCACCCGUAACCUACACCAUCCUCGACGUGGACCAGAACGCUUACCUGUUUGUCGGCGGAAUACUCGGCACAAUUAAGAAAGCAGAUGCUGUGAGGACAACAACGUUCACAGGCUGCAUGGGGGAAACCUUCCUGGAUGGUAAACCAGUUGGACUUUGGAACUACAGGGACAGGCAGGGAGACUGUAAAGGAUGUGUUGUCAGCCCCCAGACAUCAAAUGGUGAAGGGACUGUCCAGCUGGACGGGGAAGGCUACGCCGCAGUGGGACGACCCACAAGAUGGAACCCAAAUGUUUCCAGUGUUACAUUCAAGUUCCGAACAUUUGCCUCCGAUGCACUGCUUAUGUAUCUGGCAACUGAAGAUAUGAAGGACUUUAUGUCCUUGGAGCUAGCAGGGGGCAAGGUGAAGAUGAACUUUGAUCUGGGGUCAGGAGUUGGCAGCGCCAUAUCACCUAACCGUCAAAACGAUGGACGCUGGAAGUCUCUCACUAUGUCUCGAAACAAGAAGCAAGCCACAGUUACCAUCGUGGACAUUGAAACCAGUGCUGAGGAGAAGAUAGCGGCCACAUCUCUGGGUACGGCCUCUGGGCUGAACCUCAAGGAGAAGCAGAGCAUUUAUUUUGGAGGCCUGCCCACCAUUGGAAACUAUAGCAUGAAAUCCAGGCCAGAGGUCAUGCUGAAGCGUUAUGUAGGCUGCCUUCGGGAGAUUGAAGUAUCCCGAACUCCCUAUAAUCUCCUCAGUAGCUCUGAUUACACUGGGGUUACUAAAGGAUGUAAUGUAGAGAACCUGUACACAGUCAGCUUCUCCAAGCCGGGAUUUGUGGAGCUCGGUGGGCUGUCCCUGGCGGUCGGCACUGAGAUCAGCCUGUCUUUCAGCACCCUGGUAGACACUGGCACCCUGCUGUUAGCCGUGGGUGGGCCUCUGCCCCUCAGCCAACAGGUCCGUAACAAAAAUGUCAUCUCUAAGAGGAAACGCAGACAAUCAGGAGAGCCCUUCCUCUCAGUGAUGCUGAACAAAGGCUCCCUGGAGGUGUUGGUGUAUACGGGCAGCCACAGUCUGCGUCGUGUCAUCAGACGACCCGAGCAAGGCAUCCUGAGUGAUGGUAGAGAGCACUCGCUGCGUAUCGAGAGAUUACCUGGCAGAUCUUUUGCAGUUCAAGUGGAUGAGGAGGCAAAAAGAGAGGCUGCACUUCCUAAUGACCAGCCAAUCAGCUUGCAGCGUGUGUUCCUCGGUGGUAUUCCUGCUGAUGUGGAGCAGACAUCCAACAGGGCCAACGUCCCAUUCCAAGGAUGUAUUUGGAAUCUCAUGGUCAACGCUGUAGUGUCAGACUUCUCCCAGGCGGUGUCCUUUGAAAAUGCUGAAAUCGGCCAGUGUCCCAGCCUUGCCCCGCUCCCUGCUCUUCCUUAUCCGACAGAAGAGGCGGAGAAGGAAAUAGAUGCAGCCAAACCUGACCGGCCUGCGCCGACUGCUGUACCUGUUACAUGGCCUCCUGUACUUCCUGCUGAGCCCACAGCACUUGUCGCACCUGCUGCCACACCCACUGCUACACCUACUUCUGCUGAAGCCCCGCCCACUGCUGAUACGGACUCGUGCCCCUCAGCUGUGGCCCCUGUGGCUCUGGAGAAGGCCUACCAGUUCGGACUGAGCAGGAACAGUCACAUGAGCUUCGCCUUUGAUGACGCCAAAGUGAGAGAGAGGUUGAUUUUGGAGUUUGAGCUGAGAACACAGGAGGAGUCAGGACUCGUUCUCUACAUGGCCAGAAUCAACCACGCUGACUUUGUCUCCAUCCAGAUCAAGGAUGGACAGGUGUGCCUGGGUUAUGACCUCGGUCACGGCAACACAUCUGGAUGCGUCCCCUUUUCCAUCAAUGACGGCAACUGGCAUAAGAUCCGUGUGGCUCGCAGCAAGCAGAGAGCUCUCCUGGUGGUGGAUGGGCGAUACAGUAAACAGAUGAUCAGCCCCAAAAAGGCUGACCUGCUGGACGUGGUGGGCGUGCUGUAUGUCGGUGGUCUCCCGCACAACUACACCACCAAGAGGAUCGGACCGAUUCUUUACAGCAUCAACGGGUGCAUACGGCGCUUGAAGAUGGUUGGCGGUCCUGUCAGCACAAAGGCUGCUGCUACUGGUCGUACCGAGGCGCUCACUGAGGACUUCGAGCUCGACAUGGCGACGCCAACGUCCGGCCACAUGGUCGGAAGAUGCUUUGCUGCCACUGAGGCGGGAACUUAUUUUGACGGAACCGGCUUCUUGAAAGCAGUUUCCAGCUACAGAGUGGGUCUCGACGUGUCCAUUGGAUUGGAGUUCCGAACCAGCAGAACCAAUGGCGUCCUUUUGGCCAUCAGUAACCAAGGCAAUGAUGGACUUGGUAUAGAGAUUGUUCAGGGCCAGCUGCUCUUCCACGUUGACAACGGCGCCGGACGCAUCACGGCGAUGCACGCGUCCGACAGCGACGGCUUCUGUGACGGCCGGUGGCACACGGUCGUCGCCGUCAAGGCUCGCCACAGGGUGGAGCUCCUGGUGGAUGGGAAGAUGAGCCAAGCGCAGAGUCCCAACGCACGGUCCAACACCUGCGAUACCAACGACCCGAUCUACGUGGGAGGCUACCCAGACGGUGUUCAUCAGGCAGCUCUGUCCGGCCGCACGUCCUUCAGAGGUUGCAUGAGGAACCUGAAGAUCGUCAAAGCCUCAAAGGUCAUGGAGGUGCACUUCAACAAGGCUCUGGAAGUCACAGGAGUCCAACCGCUCUCGUGUCCUGCCAUCGCUGCAUGACAACCGACCCUCUAAGCGUCUCUGCCGUUUUUAAAUGGACUCAAAGGUCAAAGGUUUUGAACACUGAUUUUGAUGCAGCUUAAUGUGCAGUCUGGACAAUAAAUAUGUAAUGGCUCCUUACCAAAGUGUAAUAUAAUGUACUUUCUUUACUUUAAUGUACUUUCACCCCAACAUUAAAUCUACCAUUCAAAAUCUAAACAUUAACACAACAAACUUUACGAAAACAAUAACAAACAAAUAUUUACAAAUCUACAUUUAACAUUAAAUCUACCAUACUAAAUCGUUGGGAUCAUUUUUGACCUGCCCGCAUAUUUAACUUCCAAGUUAAACUAAUGUAAGUCACUUUACUGGAUACACCAACUGACCACUUGACCAAUUAGAGUUGAGUUAUAUCAAAUAUUGUGCCCUUACAAAUAUAAUGUUCAGAGGUAUGAAUAUAACCAAACAUUUAUUAUGCUUUUAUUCUGGAGUGGUGUAUCCUAAUAAGAGCUUUCCCUAAAAUUUGAAUCAAACUCGACACAAUCAGUAAAGAAACAUGCUUUGUAAUUGUAUGAAUGUUACAAUAGUAAUACAUUGUCUUAUAUUGCUUAUCGCCCUCCAUUUCCUCAUAUUUCAUACUGUAACUGUGACUGUAACAAACUUCUAUUUGUUUUAAAUGUCACUCCUGUUCUUUUGUCAUCAGUCAAGCUCCCUUCCUUUUCUUACACUUUUCUGAGUCGCCAUUUCCUCACUGUAAAAGAGCUUAAGACUGAAUACUGCUUGUUUCUUGCUGUGUUGUUGAGCAUUCACUUUUAAAAAGAUGCUACACAAAUGAGAAAAGCUUUGCUUGAUUGUUCAGUGACUUUGGUUGCUGGCUGGCCCUCAUGGAUAAUGUUAUUUGUCAAUUUGAGGGAUAAUUACAAUUUUCUGUUUCUGUUGAAUUUAUAGGAACAUAGAGAUAUAUAAAUAUGGAUUUUACUAUAAAUGUGGAUACACAGACAUCCACAGGAAUGUGAGGACAUCUGAAUUUUGAGCAGGAGAGCCCAAUAAAGUAGGAACCACAUUUGAUAAAUUGUACUUGACUCCAUGUACCUCACUAUAAAGUAGUUAUACUACUAUGAAUUAUACUUAAAUACAUAUUGUUUUGUCCUUUAAAAAGUUUGUGAUAAUCAUUACAUUUUAGUAACAAAAGAAAAGGGCUUAAUCAUCUUCUGGCUACUGUAAUAACAAUUUGUGUAUCUCAGUUAAUUACCAGCAGAUGGCGCUGCUGCAACAACAAUGAGUUUCUGGCACGCUAUUGCUUCUUAGAACUUAAAACUUUGGUUCAUAAAAAAAAAUGACUUCAGAAUAAACAAAGAGUAGCAUUUUCUUUACAUUAUUAACACUAAUGCAUUUUUAUCACGUGAGACUAAAAAGAGGAAUUUUAGUCUGUUUUUACUAAAGGUGAUAGUCUUACCUCCAUAAACACUACAGUACAGUAUUUAAUACAUCCAGUCCCAGUUAAAAAUCACCCGUGACUGCAUUUUUGCAGCUUUUUUUAUAUCGUCCAUAAUAAUAGAUCAAAUCAUUGUCUUGCGCAUUCCUCUUUUAUUAUCAUACUCUUCUUUACGUAAGAAUGGUUGGAGAGUUACAUUUGAAGCUGUGGCUGCAUGGAGUGGAAUGUUUGGAAGAUUUCAAUACAUUGGAAAGUAUCAAGUCAGUGUCAUUUUAAGUAUUACAGUUUUGUAAAGAGA